CGGUGCCGGCGGUGCGGCGGCGGAGAUGUGCUCUGCGGGGAGGCGCUGGGGCCGGCGGCAGCGAGUCCUGCUCUGGGGCGUCCUGCUGGCGGCCUGGGAGGCGGCGUGGGGGCAGCUGCGCUACUCGGUGCCCGAGGAGAUGCCCAAGGGCUCGUUCGUGGGCGACGUGGCCAAGGACCUGGGGCUGCAGCUGCCGGCUCUCGCAGAUCGUGGCGUCCGCAUCAUAGACAGAGGUAGGACGCAGUAUUUCACUCUGCAUGGGAAGACGGGACAUUUAGUGACGGCCGAGAGGAUCGACAGAGAGCAGCUGUGCCGGCUGGUGGAGAAAUGCGUGCUGCGCUGUGAGCUGAUAGUGGAGGGGGAAAUGAAAGUUUACGAAAUUGAUGUGGAAAUCACGGACAUUAAUGACAACUCCCCCACGUUCAAGGAUACUGAAGUGGAAGAGAAAAUAAGCGAGAUGAAUACCCCAGGGUCGCAUUUUUCACUUCCCAGGGCUCACGAUCCGGACUCUGGACAGAAUUCCCUGCAGAGCUACGAGCUGAGCGGCGACGAGCACUUCUCACUGGCCGUGCAGACGGGCCCCGGCGGGGAUCAGCGUCCCGAGCUGGUGCUGGCGAAGGCGCUGGACCGGGAGGAGGCGGCGUUCCACGAGCUGGUGCUGAGGGCGAUCGACGGUGGCGAUCCGGCCCGGACGGGCACGGCGCGGAUCCGCGUGACGGUGGUGGACGCGAACGACAACGCGCCCGUGUUCAGCCAGGCGGAGUACACAGUGCGUGUGCCAGAGGACGUGCCCGUGGGCUCCACCCUCAUCACCGUCACGGCCACAGACGCCGACGAGGGUAUGAACGGGAACGUCAGAUACUCACUGAAGAAAGAGACGGACAUGGCAUUGGAUAUUUUCCAUCUGGAUUCUGAAACAGGAGAGAUCACGCUAAUGAGAAGCCUGGACUUUGAGGAAGGUAACGCCUACGAGAUGGAGGUGCAAGCACGGGACGGAGGACAACUUUACGAUACGGCAAAGGUCGAGAUCACUGUAACAGACAUAAACGACAAUGCACCUAAACUGACAGUGACUUCUCAGCUUAGUGAGGUCUCUGAGGACUCCCCGACGGGGACUGUUGUUGCCCUGCUACACGUACAGGACCAGGACUCGGGUGCCAACGGCGAGGUGCGCUGCUCCCUUGACGGGAAUGUCCCGUUCCUCCUGGAGAGAUCGCAGGGCAGCUACUACCGCGUGGUGACAGCGAGAGAGCUGGACCGCGAGCAGCAGUCGGAGUACAACGUGACGGUGCGGGCGUCCGACGGCGGGUGGCCGGCGCUGCAGAGCAGCAGGGUGCUGGCGCUGCGGGUGCUGGACGUGAACGACAACGCGCCGGUGUUCUCGCAGGAGCGCUACAGCGCGCGUCUGCGGGAGAAUAACGCGGCGGGCGCGCUGGUGCUGGUGUGGAGACUCCACAGCCGGUUCAGUAGACAGCGCAGCUCAAAGGUGGCUGCAGUGCUGUGGCGGCGCCUCCGGGUGUCGCUGUUGGCCGCCGCCGAGCGGCGCUGGAGCCGCAGCCGCCGCCGCCGCAGCGUCCUGCCCCCGCAGGCUGCUCGCUCGCCCGGCCAGUGGCGGCCAGAGCGGCAGCGGCACGGGCAGCAGAGCGUGGCGCUGGCCGUGCUGGCGCGGCUGCGCCGGGCCGGGCCGCCCGCCGUGCUGCGCUGCCUGGGCGCGCAGCGCUUCUCGCUGGCCGGCGCCGCCUUCCCGCCCGACUUCUGCGAGGGCACCUUGCCCUACUCCUACAACCUGUGCGUGUCCGCGCCGGCCCGCGCCGCCGCCGAGGCCGCUUGGCCGCCGCCGCCGCUGCCCAUCCUGCCCGCCGGGGAGCCCUGCGACAAGCCGAGCCCGAGCAGCAGCGCCGUGGCGGGAGAACCGCCCACCGACCCCGACGCACCGCAGCGACUGUCCCGUGUUUUUGAGUUUCCCAUGGGCAAGGCAGGGCGAUCAUCUCUCGGCAGCGCUCGGUGCCUGCAGUGCCGGGAGGAGGCUGCGGGCGCCGCUGUUGACCGAGAGGAGCGAGAGGAAGGUCGGAGCGCUGCAGCCCCGCCCGCUGCGGACCGGCUCGAUAGUUGGAUCGCUGGAUUCCUGGGUCUGAAAGGGGUCGGUUUCCGAUCGUCCCGUGGUGCGGAUCUGUGCUACAGUGAGGCGGAGGGGCUGGUGGGGGAGGCCGAAAGCGGCAAGUCGGAACGGGAGCAGGAGCCGGGUCAUUUAUCGGCGGCAGUGAUUUGCCGGCAGUGUUGCGGUGCCGGCGGUGUUGCGGCUGCGAUGUGCUCGGCGGGGAGGCGCUGGGACCGGCGGCAGCGAGUCCUGCUCUGGGGCGUCCUGCUGGCGGCCUGGGAGGCGGCGUGGGGGCAGCUCCGCUACUCGGUGCCCGAGGAGAUGCCCAAGGGCUCAUUCGUGGGCGACGUGGCCAAAGACCUGGGGCUGCAGCACUUGGAGCUCGGCGACCGCCGAGUCCGUAUCCUGGACAAAGGCAGGACGCAGUAUUUCGCUCUACAUGGGAAGACGGGACAUUUAGUGACGGCCGAGAGGAUCGACAGAGAGCAGCUGUGCCGGCUGGUGGAGCAAUGCGUGCUGCGCUGUGAGCUGAUGGUAGAGGAAAAGAUGCAGGUUUACGAAAUCGAGGUAGUAAUCACGGACAUUAACGACAACGCACCCAGCUUCCGAGAAGAAGAAACACAGCUGAGAAUAAGCGAGACGACAACCCCUGGAUCGAGAUUUCCGCUUCCCAGGGCUCACGAUCCGGACUCUGGACAGAAUUCCCUGCAGAGCUACGAGCUGAGCGGCGACGAGCACUUCUCGCUGGCCGUGCAGACGGGCCCCGGCGGGGAUCAGCGUCCCGAGCUGGUGCUGGCAAAGGCGCUGGACCGGGAGGAGGCGGCGUUCCACGAGCUGGUGCUGAGGGCGAUGGACGGCGGCGAUCCGACCCGGACGGGCACGGCGCGGAUCCGCGUGACGGUGGUGGACGCGAACGACAACGCGCCCGUGUUCAGCCAGGCGGAGUACACAGUGCGUGUGGCGGAGGACGUGCCCGUGGGCUCCGUCCUCGUCACAGUCACGGCCAGCGACGCUGACGAGGGAUUGAAUGGGGACAUAAAAUAUUCGAUGAAGAAAACAACGCACUCGGAUUCGGAUAUUUUCUAUCUAGACUCUGAUACUGGAGCCAUCACGCUGUUGCGGAGCCUGGAUUUCGAGGAAGGCGAUUCCUACGAACUGGAGGUGCAGGCACAUGAUGGUGGAGCACUUUUUGACACGACAAGAGUUGCAAUCUCCGUGACAGAUGUAAAUGACAACGUUCCCGAAAUGACAGUAUCAUCAGCGCUGAGUGAGAUUUCUGAGGACGCCCCAUCAGGAACGGUGGUGGCCCUGCUGCACGUGCAUGACCGCGACUCGGGGGCCAACGGCGAGGUGCGCUGCUCCCUCGACGGGAAUGUCCCGUUCCGCCUGGAGAAGUCCCUCGAGGACUACUACCGCGUGGUGACAGCGAGAGAGCUGGACCGGGAGCAGCAGUCGGAGUACAACGUGACGGUGCGGGCAUCCGACGGCGGGUGGCCGGCGCUGCAGAGCAGCAGGGUGCUGGCGCUGCGGGUGCUGGACGUGAACGACAACGCGCCGGUGUUCUCGCAGGAGCGCUACAGCGCGCGUCUGCGGGAGAACAACGCGGCGGGCGCGCUGGUGCUGGUGGUGCGGGCGACGGACGCCGACUGGGGUGGGAACGCGCGCGUGCGGUAC